AGGGAGCUAAAAGCCGGGCAGAUGAGGUGCUCGGGGAUGGAUGGACUCCCUCCUCUCCGAGCUCUUUUCCACCCGCGCGAGGCCACGUGGCGGGGACGAGCGGUCACGUGACGGGGGACGGUCACAUGACCAGGGGAGAGCGUGAAAGGAGCCCACGUGACCAGGGCCGAAGAUGGCGGAGGCGGCGGGGGCCGAGGAGGCGUGGGGGAAGGUGGACACAGGCUGCAGUGACAAUGGCCUAGACUCGGCGCUCUUCAUGGAAAAUGUUACGAAAGGAAGCAUAGUGUCACGAGCCAACAGCAUCGGCUCCACCAGUGCCUCUUCUGUCCCCAAUACAGAUGACGAGGACAGCGAUUACCACCAGGAGUCCUACAAGGAGUCGUACAAGGACCGGCGCAGGCGGGCACACACCCAGGCAGAGCAGAAGAGACGAGAUGCCAUCAAGAAAGGCUACGAUGACUUGCAGGCCAUUGUUCCCACUUGUGAGCAGCAGGAUUUCUUCAUAGGCUUCCAGAAGCUGAGCAAGGCUAUCGUCCUCCAGAAAACCAUCGACUACAUCCAGUUCCUGCACAAGGAAAAGAAGAAGCAAGAGGAGGAGGUUUUGAUCCUGAGGAAAGAUGUGAUGGCCUUGAAGAUCAUGAAAGUGAACUACGAGCAGAUUGUGAAAGCACAUCAAGACAACCCAAACGAGGGGAAGGGCCACAUCUCUGAUGAGAUGAAGUUUAAUGUUUUUCAAGGCAUUAUGGAUUCCCUCUUCCAGUCCUUUAAUGCCUCCAUCUCAGUAACGAGCUUUCAGGAGCUCUCAGCUUGUGUCUUCAGCUGGAUUGAAGAACACUGCAAGCCUCAGACGCUGCGGGAUAUCGUCAUCGGGGUCCUGCACCAGCUGAAGAGUCAGCUCUACUGAGCCUCCCCACAGCGCCUAUGGAAAUGGGCACAUCCUGCCCAGGGCUGGGCGCCAGGACAGGCGAGGCCAUCGCCCUUGCUGCUGUUCCUAAAGUUUCUCUGGAUUAUUUAUUGUAUGAACCACAAAACCAAACCCGGGCUGUGUGGACACCGCUGCUCCGCAGCCUAUCACCACCAAAUAGUUGUAGGGACUAAGAAAAAGACAGGGGAAAAGAAAAAAAGGUGUGUGUGGAGUAGAGAUUAAGGUGCCAGGAAGGCUUCUUUGGCUCUUGAUGUUCCCUGGUUUGGAUGCUGCAACAUAGGAAAGUUCAAGCUACUGCCUCUGCCCGCAUUAAAGUAGCAGAAAACCCAUUUUGGGAUUGGUUUUUUAACACAAAAUCAUCCUGCCAGCCUUGUGUUUGUGUCCCUUUACCGAUGCAACAGAAGCCCUGGUGUGGAACCCUGCAGUGUUUCACAGGGCAACAGGAUUUUGCCCCGGCAAUGUUGUUUUGUGGUGCAGAAAAUCCUGGCCCACAGGCGCAUGGAUUCCAGUGAGGGCUCUGGAGCAGGAUGGGGGACUUGAAAGCGCCGGAGACACUCUCCCAGAAGCAGCCUCCUGCCUGGGAAGAGACUGUGGAGUUUCACAGCCCUCACACACACAAACCCAACAUAUUUU